CGACUCGUUCGCCUAGAGAGCGACUCUAAUAUCUAGAGAGAGAAAUAAAAAACGGAGAGAGAAAGAAGGGAGAGCGAAAAGUCUAGAGAGAGAGAGAGAAGAGAGAGAGAGGAUUUUAGGUUUUCUGGAUUCUCUCCUUUAGAGCACUUCGGACUUGUAGAAGAAACCAGGAAAUUAGGGUUUUUAAGCCUUUUCUUUCUGAGGGUUUGCUAUAUCGAUCUCUGAAUUUAGGGUUAGAGUUAGGGUUUGGUUUAUGAUUUUUAUUUGAUAUGCGUAUGAGACGAGGUAUAAUUUUCUUCAUUUCUAGGUCUUCAUAACUUUGUUCGUCUGUUCUUUACUCGUUUCUUUCUAUUUGCGGUCUGAUUCGUUGCUUUUGUAUAGAAAAUAUUAUCCUGUAUGAGAUUGAAGUUUCGUGAUUGAUGGACGAGAUCUGGGAGAGAGCUGUGGAGACAGCGCUUGACGGCCAAAACGAUAUCGCAUCGGUUCGAACACUAACCCUAGACGGAGCAGUGAAGUGCGCUCACGGCCGUCUUCCUCCUCCUUCGCUCUUCGAGAAAUUUCAGAACCUCCAACACCUCUCAAUCGCCAACAUCGGUUUAUCGUCUCUCGAGCAGUUCCCUCGUCUCCAGAACCUCCAAAAGCUCAUUUUAUCCGACAAUCGUAUCGCUGGGGGUCUCAAUCUCCUUGUCGAAGCCGGUCUCGAGUCGCUGCGUGACCUAGAUUUGUCAAACAAUCGGAUUCAGGAUAUAGAUGAUCUGAGUCCGCUAGCAGAGCUUAGAAUCGUGUCUCUGGAUCUCUACGAGUGUCCGGUCACGCGCGUGAAGGACUAUCGAUCUAGGGUCUUUGGAUUGAUAAAGUCGCUGAAGUACUUGGACAAGAUGGAUGAUGAGGAAAACGAGAGAUUUGAGUCUGAUGAUGAGGACGAUGAUGAAGAUGACGAUGAGGAUGACCCCGGGAGCGGUGAGAUUGAUGGAGAUGAUCAUCGGCCGUAUAGGAUGAGUAAUGGUCAUAGCACUGGAGGUGAGGGGAUUGUUGAUGUUGAUGAGGACGAAGAGAGCGAUGCUGAUGAAGAGGAGACGGAGAUUGUAAGAGGGGUGAAUGGGUUGAAUAGGACGGCUCUACAUCAUCAGUCGAAUGGUUUUACUGUGGUAGAUGGAGAGGAUGAGGAAGAGGAGGAAGGUGAAGAUGAAGAAGACAAUGAUUCUGUGGAGGAGAUCGACGAAGAAGAUGGCGAUGAUGAUGAUGUGGUUGAGGUACAUGAGAUUGAUGACAGUGAUGAUGAAGAAGAUGGGGUUGAAGAUGACGAUGAUGACGAGCAGGAUGAGGAUGAAGAUGAAGAGGAGGUUGAUAAUGAAGAAGGGGAUUUUGCAGAGCCAGAGAGUGGGAGUCGGUUGACCAGCACAGAAGGGGAAAUUGAUGGCCAUGAGCAGGGUGAGGAAGAAGCUGAGGAUGAUAAUGGGGAGACCGGAGAGGAAGAGCAGGGUGUUGAGGAAGUCAGAGUGUUUGAAGAAGAAGAAGACGUUGAAGAGGAGGAAGAAGAUUAUGGUUCAGGCUAUUUAGUUCAACCAGUUGGGCAGACUGAAGAAGAUGCUGGAGGCAGUGAUAUGGACCCGGGGAAUGAAGAAGAUGAUCCUGAAUUGGAGGAAGAAGUUGAAGAUGAAGAUUUUGAAGCUGGCAAAGUUCAGGUGUUACCAUCAUCAUCCUCUUCGCACCGUAAGAGAAAGAGAGAUGAAGAUCAGGAGGAUGGUGAUGAAGAUGAGGAAGAAGAGGAUGUUGUUGACUGCAACAACUCAUCAAAGCACCAUUAGCAAUUGGCAGAUGUUUGGAGGUACAUUUUUAUCAUCUCAAUGGACACGUGUGAUAUGUCUGAUACUUUAUUACAGGUGCCUGGGUACGGACGGAUUUGCUUGGCCCUUGAAUCCAUCGUUAUUGAUAGUAGUAUUUUGUUGGAGCUCCAUGUUCAGGUUACCCGGGUCUUGGUUUGAUUGGAUUACUGGUUGUUUUUGGCCUGCCUUAUUGAAGCCCAAUCUUCAUUCGAUACUUAAAUAUAUGUAUCAUUAUUGCGCAAGUUGAUUGUUGAGUUGGUGGUGGUUGUUGUAGAGCUGUCGGUGUCUUAUUGGAUGAUAGUAACUCAGUAGACGUGUGUUCCAGCUCAUAAUCAGGCGUAGUCGAAUUGGUUUUGACAAAGUGUUGGGGACUUGGUUUAGCCACUUUUGUCGAGCUUCAAUUUAUGUGGCUCGGCUUUUCUUGUCUCUAUGCUUGGCUGUUGAGCGUUGGGCCACCGACCAACUGGUAUUUUGUGGGCUUAAAACUUUAUUAACGUGCGCCAAAUUGAAUUUUGUGAAAAGGCCUCAGGCUUGACCCAGUGGACUGCGUCUUGCCGAAAUUUUUUGACGCAUGUUAUAUUAUCCCCAAGUUAUUUUUAUUAGUUUCUAAAUAAAAUUAACCUUUUGCAUAAUUAUAGUUGAAGACUUCCCCAUCUCUGAUACUCCCUUUGGUGGAAGGGAAAGGGUUGAUGGGCUAUAUCUAAGGGAACGAUGGGAUGAGAGAUUUUACAAAUUUGUAGAUAAAUGGCUAAAAAUAAUAUUUUAUAUUUAUUUUUUCUA